AAAUGCCCACGACAUGACACUAUUAACCAAACCGGAAUUUAACAGAACCGAAGUUUUUUUUGUUUUUGUUGGAUUUAGUUGGGCAACAUUUUCCAAACCCCCGGUGAAGCAAAUGACGGAGAGAUUCUUCCCGACAAAACCAAGCUCCGGCGGCGCCGGGAAUCACCGGCGAGAUCAACUCACUCUCCUCUCCGGCCCCAUUACCUCAGGCAAAACCUCUCUGCUAUUCCAAUUCGCACUCAAUAUAGCGUCAGCUUCUCUAACCAAUCACGUCGUCUUCAUCUGCCACCGCAAAAGAAUCGAAUCCAACCCUCCCUUCCUCUCCCAGGGAAUCGUCCCUUCCUCCCAUGUAUUCAAUCGAAUCCAAAUGAAGUAUGUGGAUGAUGAUGAAGGACUCAGGAACUACUUUGCUGCGUUUCAUCUUCAUCUCCAUCUCCCUGCUGCAGUUGUUAUCGAUGACUUUGGUGACUACUUCACCAACUCGAAAGGGAGUUUAAUGAACUCACGUGCUAGAGACAUGGCCAUGGUUCGCACUCUUGCUCUAUGCCACAAUGCUAUUACUGAUGCCAACAAGAAAGCUGCUUGCGAGCUUGUCUUAUCCGAGACCAGUUCCGGAGACUCCCCGAGGUCAUUGUUCAUCUACAAACGAUGGAUCUCGUCAAUCUUUACUGUAAAAGGUCAUGGUGAUGGGUCGUUUCUCUUGAGAAGUAAUGAUGGUUCAUCCGAGAAAAGCGCCAAGUAUUCCAUCGCGCUGCAGUAUCUCAUCUUGGAGGAGAUUUUUGAUUAGUUUUUCUUAAGACACAAGUUUUGUGUUUAGUAUACGUAAAAAAAGGAAACAGUAUGGUUUUCCUUAUAACAAGUUGUGUGUUUUUAUUUAUUUUAUUAUAGUUCUAAUAACUUA